GGCAAGAAGAAGGCAAGAGGUCCUCCCGGGGCAGAGCCGCUCACUAAAUGGGGAGAGCUCAGCCGGGGAUGGAAGAUGACGGACCGAUAGCUGACGCCUUCAGGAUGCCGAGUUUUAUUAUUAGCAACAUAGACGAAGGGAGGGGGAAAUUGUCCCGCAACCUGCCGGCGGAAAGUUCCUUCGCGGACGUUAAAGUUGGUGAGUUGAACCGGGGUGUCAUCCGAUCCAACUCGCUCGACGAAGGCGACAGGAACUCCGGGGAGAGGAGCGGCGAGGAGGAGAGGGAUGCGGAGGGCAACAACAACAACAACUGCAACGGCGGAGGAGGAAGAGCGAGGCGGAGGGCGAGCGCUGUCGAGAUUCUGAGGAGAAAUUUCGGGGAUUCAAAGUCCCCUUCUUUCCGUUUGAGCACUAAAAGUCGGAUGCCGAGCGGAGCCGAACGCUCAACGGACGAAGAAAGCGGUAAAAACGAGCUCAAGUGCGGAUGUGGAGCAGAAUGCGGCGAGUGUCGAAAGUCGGACGUGGAAACGGGAGCACCCGAGGUUGAAAACGAGCCCACCCCGAGUGAGUUAACGACAUGUAACGUUCCAGUAGAACAUGUUAGAGACGAGUGCCAUCAUGUACGUGACAGUGAAGGCAACACGGCGGCUUUAGGCGAGUCUGUUCGCGCCAAAGAGCACGUGUACUGCACCGUUUACUGCAUCGCCAACGACACUCAACGAGCGGACGCUGAAAUCACAGACUCGGUCACAUCCGACGGGGCAGAGAAUGACUCUGAGACGGGACAGGUGGUGGGUCCGAGUCCCAAACUGGAGCUGUACUCGCUGGACGACUUGGUGGAUUUGAUGGGGGAUGUCUCCCAGCGCCAGCACAGGGACCAGGCGGAUACGGACAGCGAGGCGGAGUGCUGUCAGGUGUGCCUGGAGGAGAAACUCAUCGCACGCCUGCCCUGCUGCAGGAGGCCGGUGUGCUCUGGCUGUUUGAAGCUCUACGUCAGCUCCCAGGUGAAGGUGGGGAAAGCUGUCGUCAGCUGUCCAUACUGGAUGUGUCGAGGCAUCCUGGCGGAGGGACUGGUGAUUUCAAACUUGACCAGUGAAGAGGCAGAAAAGUAUCGCUAUUUCGUGGAGCUGAGCCAGCUGGACGAGAGCACAAAGCCCUGCCCCCAGUGCAACCACUUCACCACUCUGAAGACGCACAACCCGAACCGCUCCGAGCACAAGUACAAGAUCCAGUGUAGCAAUUGCCAGUUUUUGUGGUGCUUCAAAUGCCACGCACCUUGGCACGACGGACUUAAAUGUCGAGACUACAGGAAAGCAGACAAGCAGCUUCGAACCUGGGCGAGCGUCAUCGAGCAUGGACAGAGGAACGCCCAGAAAUGUCCACAGUGCAAGAUCCACAUUCAGCGCACAGAGGGCUGCGAUCACAUGACCUGCACGCAGUGUAACACCAACUUCUGCUACCGCUGUGGAAAUCGCUACAGACACCUGAGAUUUUUUGGAGACCACACGUCUAAUCUCAGCGUGUUUGGCUGCAAGUAUCGAUACCUCCCUGACAAGCCGCACUUAAGGAGACUGAUCCGAGGGUCUGUUUGUGCCUCGAAGGUUCUGAUAGCGCCACUGGUCCUGGUGCUGGUGAUAGUGCUCGGAGCUCUCGCGCUGGUGAUAGGUUUAUUUGCUUUUCCAGUCUACUAUGUGUGCAAGAGGAAGAAGAAGCAGCACACCCGAGGCUCCGGACGAUGGAUCUGA